AUGCGCAUCCACGAGAGCGGAAUUGACCACAAUUCCGAUACAGCCACGACAUCCAACACAUCCACCACGCCCAGACCAAUCCUCGCUUCACCGUCACACGCGUCGACCACCACCACCACCGCCACCACCACCAACACCACUGCUUCCUCUGCAGCUGACACCGACACCGCCAACCUCUCAUGCCCAUACUGUCCACGCACAUUCACCUCACACAUCGGCCUGGUCGGUCACUUGCGAAUCCAUCGCACAGAGACUGGCGAACCAGUGCCUGGAGCACCAACCUACACCCACCGCACUCGCCUCCACUGCCCACAAUGCCCUCGCACCUUCACGCAUCGCAUGGGUCUAUUCGGCCACAUGCGCAUCCACGACGACCUGCGGUAG